AUGCAGUUCGAACUAGUACGAGGCAUAAUUAGCAAAACCCAAUCAGCCAACAGGCUAGAACUACCAAGACUCCCCGAAGACAUCCCAGUAGAUAUAGCAGACAUACUACUAUUUACUUUAUCAAUCAAAGAUAACUACAAAACUGCAUCGGUUGCCCAAACCCUAAGACUAGUAUAUAUAUUCAGAAACUUAUUAGAUUCAUAUUUCAAAAAUGCUCGCACACCUCUGCCCAGCCACCCUGGACAAGUAUACCACUCGAUACGAAAUCUCUUCCCAAUUAGGGACAGAGCCAAUCUACAAUUCUUAUUAGAAUAUAGAAGAAAACUUCAAAAACACUAUAUAUUAAAUGACAAACUACCUGCAUUAUACUUCGACCUACUCCCUGAAAAACUCGACUUACCCUCAACUAGG